AAAAAGAUCUUAGCCACAUUAUUUAAUCUCAGCCAUCUAUUCCGUUGGAUUUGAAUGAAUAUGCAUGUUUGUUGCGUAUUAAAAGGAGGGGUUUGUAUUUUGAAAUGAGUUCCUUACAACACUUCCCCCUUUGUCUACUCUUAAACCCUAGAAUUAGAAAUUCCAAUUUCAAAUCACACUCCUCACACUUCCAUUCCCAAAUUCCAUCACGAUCAUCACUUCCAAUGUCUUCUUGGCCAUGCAAGAAAUGCACUUUCAUCAAUCCUCCAUCUCAAAUUUCCGAAUGCGAAAUCUGCAAAUCCUCACCUCCACCUUCACCUUCUUUCGCUUCUACUUCUUCUUCUUCUCCUUCGUCUUCCCCAAAAUGGACAUGCAAAUCUUGCACUCUCUUUAACUCUUACAAAACCUCCACUUGCCACCUCUGCGGUACACGAUCCUCCGUUCUUUCCACUUCCACUUUAACCGAUAUACAUCAUAUCGACGACGGCGACGUCGGUAAACCCCCCGUUUUCUACCCUCUUCGUCCUUGCAAGAGGAAAGCCGUCGAUUCCCCUGAACAUGAUUCUUCUCAACCAUCAGAUGCUAAAGACUCCAAUAACCCCAUUGAUCUCACAACCGAGAAAGUUGAUUCUGGAAAAAAAAUUGGUUCUUUGAAGAUUUUAAGUUACAAUGUUUGGUUCCGUGAAGACUUGGAGUUGCAUAAGAGAAUGAAAGCUAUUGGUGAUCUUGUUCUGUUGCAUUCCCCUGAUUUUAUCUGUUUUCAGGAGGUUACUCCUGAUAUAUAUGACAUUUUUAAGCGAUCAGCCUGGUGGGAUGUAUACCAUUGUUCAGUUUCUUCUGAGAAAGCUCAUUCAAGACCCUACUUUUGUAUGCAGUUAAGCAAACUACCUGUGAAAUCUUUCUCCACUAAAGCAUUUAGCAACUCUAUAAUGGGAAGAGAACUUUGCAUUGCUGAAUUGGAGGAUGUGAGCGGCAAAUCGUUGGUUGUAGCUACUAGCCAUCUUGAGAGUCCUUGUCCGGGCCCUCCGACAUGGGAUCAAAUGUUCAGCAAGGAACGAGUGGAACAAGCUAAUGAGGCUCUGAAUCUUCUCAAGAGGUACCCUAAUGUUGUUUUUGGAGGUGACAUGAACUGGGAUGACAAAAAGGAUGGUCAAUAUCCUUUACUAGACGGGUGGGUUGAUGCUUGGUCUGAGCUAAGACCAAAAGAAACUGGUUGGACAUAUGAUACCAAGUCAAACCAGAUGUUGUCAGGCAAUCGUAAGCUCCAAUGCCGAUUAGAUCGUUUUGUUUGCCAUUUACAUGAUCUUAAGAUAAGCAGUAUUGACAUGAUUGGGAUGGAUGAAAUAUCUGGGGUGUCAUACAUCAAAGAGAAGAAAGUAAGAACUGAGAUCAAACAACUGGUACUCCCUGUUUUGCCCAGUGAUCAUUAUGGUCUCCUUUUAACAAUUUCUAGUAAGUAAUUUCCCUUCUGGAAAAUCUUAUUGGUGAAUAGUGAUCCUUUAUUCUCAGUGUGCCAUUGCUGUGUCUAAGGCAUGCACUGCAUGCAGUUUUGUAUAGACCACUUUUGGGGGGCAUGAUCCACUUUUGGCAAAAACGGUUAUGUAUCAUCGUGCCUAUUAAUAUUUGUCUUUUCAUUCCAUUUUCAAAGUAUUGCAUUAGCUUUGUCUAUACAUGCUGUUCACUUAAUAUCUUCAACCCUUGUCUCCUGUAAAGGAGUUGGAAUCUUAUUUUUGUAUGUUUAGGUGUUGUUAUCUGAAUAUUAUAACAUGAAAAUUGUUAUCAGCAAUUUAAAGGCGAAGAAACCAGUGUUAACAGUCGGUAAACGAAAGUCCAGUGCUGAUAUAUCCCAUAAUUCAUCACCCGAAAUGACAGAUGUGUUUUCCAAGCAUUAUUCCACCUGAAUCUGUCCAAAUAAUAAAGCGGUACCAAAAGUUUAGCUAACAAGGAAGGAUCUAUGGUCGGUUGUGUGUCGUUAAUGUUUUCUUCUUUGAUUUUCCUCUCUUUGUAAUUGAUUUUAGCAUUCAUAUAUGUUCAAUGAUUUUGAGACUUGCAUGGGAUGUGUAUUUGCCUUGAGGUCUGAACGUGUACACUGUCUAUUAUAGUU